AUGCAGUUUCAUGAUCCGGAGUUUGUGCCAACUGACAACACGAUCCCAGAACAACGCAGCAGCGUGUCAUUGGUUAUUGUGAAUGAGCAGUUUUGGUCACUCAUUGAUCACUUCUCAUCAUUCACAAAGCUAGUCAGAUGUAUCGCAGUAUGGCGCCGAUACUUCACUAUUUUGAAACAGAGAUUGGCCAAACAAGAAGUUGCUCAAGGACAACUUACCGUGCUGGAGCUGAAGUCAGCUAAGAUACUUCUUUUGCAAAUUGUGCAACAGCGAGCUUUUGCAACGGACUAUCAGCGGUUGUCUUCUGGCACUCCAAUCAAAAGGAAAUCUCCCAUUCAUAGACUUCACUCGUUCAAGGGCAACGACAGGCUCAUUCAUGUUGGAGGUCGACUCUCCAAGGCAGACAUUGGAUACAAUCAGAAACAUCCUGUCUUGUUGCCUCAGCAUAACCAUGUAACUGAGAUCAUUUUAUCAGAAGUACAUCGACAAACAUUGCAUGGAGGUGCCCAAUUGGUCCUGUCUCAACUGAGGCAGGAAUACUGGCCUGUGCGAGGAAUCGAAGUAGCCAAGAAAUCAAUUCGAGACUGCGUCACAUGCUUUAGAGCAAAACCUCAACCAGUCCAGCAGAUGAUGAGUGACUUACACGAAUCCAGAGUCACCGAAAUGUAUCCCUUCUAUCAGACAGGGGUGGACUUUUGCGGUCCCGUGUUCAUCAAGACACCAGUCAGGUCGAAGACUCGUCUCAAAAUGUACAUAGCAUUGUACAUUUGUCUAGCAACCAGAGCGGUACACAUCGAGCUUGUCACGGAUCUGACUACGGGAGCUUUUAUCGCAUCAUUGAGACGCUUCAUCUCACGUCGUGGUCGACCCGCGCAGAUUCUGUGCGAUAACGCUACCAUCUUCGUUGGUGCUAGUCGUGAGUUGAAGGAGUUGGAACUUCUACUUGCUUCAAAGGAUCAUCAAUCAAAGACACAGAGUUAUGCAGUCAAUCAAGGGAUUGAGUUCAAGUUUAUCCCUCCGAGAAGCUCUCAUUUCGGCGGAUCGUGGGAAUCAGCUAUCAAGCGGAUCAAGUAUCACCUCACUCGAACAGUGGGAAAUGGAUUCUUCACAGAGGAGGAGAUGAUGACCACAUUGACCCAAAUUGAAGCCUGCAUCAACUCUCGCCCACUGACACCCACAGUGGGGCCGUGA